UCAUUUCAGUCAGUUUAAAUUGAACUGUCUUCGAGUGUACACCUUUGCUUUAGAUAUUCUAUUGCAGCAUAAAGAAAACCUGUUGAUUUCUCAACUGUUUGUGAAAGAAAAAUUUUUUUGCCAAAAUCAAAAUGAAACAAAUCAUUGCUCUAGUGCUCUUGGCGGCCUGUUUAUUGCCCAGCGGUGAUGCCAUCAAAUGCUAUCAAUGCAAAUCGCUAACGGAGGCAAAUUGCGCCAAGGACGUUAUCGAUGCUACCUUAAAUAUUCAAUCCGUCGAUUGCGAUCAGGUGGCAAAACCUAACACUAUGGAUCAGUUGCUGCCGGUUACUAAAUGCAACAAAGUUGUAACUAGCGACAAGGCCGGCAUUAUAGUGUCACGUGACUGCCACUUUGAAGUAGUGGGUCAGAAGCCUGAUGUUUGCACAGUGUCCCACAGUCGCGAAGUACAAAGUUGUCACAUUUGCAAGGGUGAUCUCUGCAAUGCUUCCUCAGCUGGUUUCGUGGCGAUCAGCUUGGCGGCGCUAAUUAGCUUGAUUGCUAUGCAAUUUUUAAUGUAAAUUAUGUUAUGUUCAAUAUUGUUAGAGGCAAUCAAGUAUAACCUCUUGAAAGUAUAUUUGCAAAUUGUAUUAUAUUAAUUAUGUCAAAAUAUAAAAAAUAUCCAAUAUGUACAUACAUACAUACAUAAAAAUUGCCAGUCUCUAAAUAUGUAAAUAUUAUAAUUUAUCAAUAAUUUGUAAAAUUAAACAAUACAAAAACUAUUUUCUGCUCUGGUUUUAUCUAGCAAAAUAUGUUACACUUACACAUCUACAAAACUAAGCAUUUAGAGAGCUGAUGGUAUUAAAAAAUUAAUAUUUAAAUAAUUUAUACAAAAAUGUAUUUAAAGAGUUUAAUAAAAGUAGUUUCUGUAAAAAUAUUUUCCAAAA